GAGGAGCGAAGACAGCAGGAUCGAUGAUCCAAAGCCCUGGCUCUCUCUCUCUCUCUCUCUUUUUUGGAACUUGCUCGGACCGCAUCGAGCGGUCAUUGGAAAUGUCGUUAUUAUGGCUGGUUAUUCAAGGUAUAUAUAAAGUCUGAACGACUAUCGCCUAGGCUUAUAAUAAAGAAGAAGAACUGCGCGUAUCUUGACAGCUGUCUCAGUACCUGUCGCCAGUGAUGAGUUUGUCUCCUUGAAGAUAAACAUAGUAGUGACCGACCACCUAGUAAUUGCAAGCAGCGUCUGUCAUCCAGAUCACUGCAUCCUACGAUCGAUUCCCCUUUCUGCCAGCAAUCCAACUACUAUGUCGACUUCAAAGCACCCCAAGAUCAUCCUGGGAGCGUCCCAGAUCGGCGACAGGAGCAAAGACGAUCGAGUCAAGUACGACACGCCUGAAGAAAUCAAUGCCUUGCUUGAUGUUUUUUACGACAAUGGUGGACGACAUCUUGACACGGCCAGGCAGUACCCACUCGGCGCGCCCACAUCGAGUGAGAAACGCCUCGGAGCUGUGGGUGCAGGGGCCCGUUUUACCAUUGACACCAAAGUUCUGCACUUCUUUGGAGAGAAAGGCCCCUUCAAUACAGGGCCAAAAAUCCGCGAGAGUCUUGACGGCUCUAUUGCCGACCUCAACCUUCCAGCCGGCGUCAAGAUUGGCACGCUCUUCCUUCACCUGCCUGACCGCGAGACUCCCUUGGAGGCCACCUGCGAGGCCAUCGACCAGCUGUACCGGGAGGGCAAAUUCCAACGCUGGGGUGUGUCCAACUUUCGCGUCGAAGAUGUAGAGAAGAUGGUUGCCAUCUGCAGUGACAAGGGCUUUGUGCUGCCCAGCGUCUACGAGGGCCACUACAACGUCAUCACGAGGGGUGCCGAGAAGGAUCUCUUUCCCAUUCUGCGGAGGCACGGACUCUCGUAUCAUGCCUUUGGCUCUUCAGUCUCGGGUAUAUUUGCGGGCAAUCACAAGAACGCUCGGCCUGGGGGCCGGUUUGACGUUUCUAGCAAGAUGGGGAAGUUGUACAAUAGCAUGUUCGCAAGGCCUAAGAUUAUGGCUGCUGUGGACAAAGCGGUGGCUGCGACGGCUGAACACGGUGUAGAUGCCCACGCCGCUGCGCUCCGGUGGGUUGUCUACCAUAGCCACCUCGACCCCGAGAAAGGAGAUGCUGUGAUCGUCGGGGCAUCUAGUGUGGCGCUUCUGUCCUCGAACCUGGAUCUGAUCAAUCAGGGACCCCUGCCUGAAGCAGUGAUUCGCAUCAUGAGCGACGUGUUCGGACAGCUUGGGGACGAGGCGCCUCCAUAUUAUGGUAUCUAACUCUUGCAUGUAUGAAA